AUGCUGUCGCCCUUUCCCCUCGUGAGCAGUUUUAUCAUGCGAGGCAAACCGAGGAUUCCCGUAUCCAUCCAAGAGCUUAAAAAGCUACGCAUCCUGGACGUAGAAGAGAAUAAUCUCGACUCUAUUCCAUCGGAAAUUGUCUUUAAAUCUUCGAAACUCCUCCUGUUUUGUUCCGAGGAGUCUAAAGCGCCUUCCUCUCCUUCUACUUUUAGAAACCUCGCAAAUUUAACCUACUUAGCCAUUGCAGAAAAUGAUCUCCACAGCCUUCCUCCAACCAUUGGACGUCUGGAAAAGCUUGAAAAACUGUACUUGAACGACAAUUUCAACCUGCAUGACCUGCCCCCGGAGUUGGCCCUGUGCUGCGGUUUGCAAAUCAUGUCCAUUGAAAACUGUCCACUCUCGAAAAUUCCGAUGGAGGUUGUCUCCCAGGGUCCCUCUUUAGUUAUCCAGUAUCUUCGACUUCAGCAGUUGCCGUUUGCGAUAGCGCCCGCCAUCAUCACCACCACUGCUGCUCCGCAACGUGACAACCUCGCCCCCCUUGUGAUUCUUACUCCCUCCCCCACCAUUUACCGGGAUUCUCGCCUCUUUGUCUUGGCCCUCUCCAGAUCUCGAGGUGAUUGUGGCAUUGCGGCAGUGGUUGUCUCCCUCAAUCACACCACCUUUUCGGGUUCUGCGGAGGCCGACGUUGUGUUUCGAUCACCGACGCGGUCGUGUACUAUCGGAACUUUUUGUAGGAGAAGGGCCUGUCUCACCUCCAUCCUUCCUGUAAUUGUUGCUUCCUCGUCCCUCCCC